CGGCGGCGCCUCUUGCUCGCGUGGGAGAAGCCUUUCUUUCCCCACCCGCCCCAGCCGCACAGCAGCGCAACGUUGCCGGCGUGUGGGAGGUGAGGGGGAAAUUAAAAGUGUUCUGAAGGAAGCGGGGAAGUGACAGCGCGGAGGAUGGCCGAGGUCCUGGAGAAGAUCCUGAACAACUUGCUGGAGCCGGACACGGCGCUGAUCCAGCAGGCCACAGCUCAGUUGAAGGAAGCUUUUAAGGAUCCAUCAGUGGUCCCUGCACUCUGCAACAUCCUCGCAAAUUCACCAAACCCUCAGAUCCGACAGUUUGCAGCAGUGCUCGUGAGGAGACGAGUGGCCAAACACUGGAAGAAACUGUCCGUGGAUCUUAAAGAGAAUUUGAAGCCGGUGGUUCUGCAGUCUCUGCAGCAGGAACAUGAACACAAGGUACGGCACUCUGUAGCCCAGCUGGCAGCUAUCAUCGUCAAGCAUGAAACGCCUGAAAAGUGGCCGCAACUGCUUCAGUUUAUAACUCAAUGGACGAAAAGCAGUGUUCCAGAGGAGAGACAGGUCGGGAUGCUGCUGCUGAGCACUGUUGUGGACAUCAGCACUGAGUCUUUCAAGCGACAUUUUCGCGAAUUGAUGCGUCUCUUCCAUCAGACUCUAGAGGACCACGACAACCCACUGGUGAUCUUCUACACCAUUCAGACGCUGACUGCCGUGGUGUCCUACAUGGGAACAGAUGAAGUGAAUUUGAUGCGCCCUAUGAUCCCAAAGCUGUUGAUUGCAAUCCAGACCCUCAUUCAGCACAAUCAGGAUCAAGCCAGUGAGGCGAUGGAAGUUUUCGAUGAGCUGAUGGAGAGCGAAGUAUCUAUUAUUGUGCCAUACCUGUCGCAGAUUGUGCAUUUCUGCCUGGAGAUUGCAGCCAAUGCCAUCCUGGGAGACAACAUCAGGGUCAAGGCUUUGUCGUGUGUCAGCUUUCUAAUCAAACUGAAAGGAAAGGCCAUCAUGAAACAGAAGCUGCUCCCUAGUAUCCUGAAUGUUCUGUACCCCAUAAUGUGUGCUCCACCACCCGAGGGAGAAAUGGACCCUGAAGAUCUGGAUCUGGAAGAUGACAUUGAGGAUGAGGUGGAGGCUCAGACUCCAAAGCACUUCUCAGCACAGGUGAUCGACAUGUUGGCUCUCCACCUGCCUCCAGAGAAACUUUUUUCCCAGCUGACACCACUGAUGGAGCCAGCACUGAGGAGUGAGAAUCCGUAUGAGCGAAAGGCAGGCCUGAUGAGCAUGGCGGUGUUGGCAGAGGGUUGUGCAGACCAUAUUCGCCAAAAACAUCUGCAUCCCAUGCUGCACUGCAUGUGUCAGGCCCUGACCGACCAGAGCCAGGUGGUCCGCAAUGCAGCCCUGUUUGCCCUUGGUCAGUUCUCCGAGUUUCUGCAGCCUGAUAUAAGUAAAUAUUCCGACGAGAUCAUGCCACUUCUCCUGAACUACCUGGGCACUAUCGACAAUUCAAAGGGUGGCCAUCUCACAAAGGCUUAUUAUGCCCUGGAGAAUUUUGUUGAGAACCUGGGGAAGAAGAUUGAACCGUACUUACCCACACUGAUGGACAGGAUGUUGACCGCUCUGUGCUCAUCCAACAGCAACCGCGAGAAGGAAUUGGCCGUCAGUGCUAUCGGCGCUAUCGCCAGUGCUGCCAAGGAGGGACUGCUGCCGUAUUUCCAGGCAGUGAUCGUUCAACUAAAGGGAUACUUGGUGAAUACGAGUGAGGAGUUACGACAGGUUCAGAUCCAGUCACUGGAAACAUUAGGCGUGCUUGCUCGGACAAUUGGGAAAGAAGUCUUUCUCCCGCUUUGUGAGGAAUGCUGCCAGCUUGGUCUGAACCUUAUUGACCAUGUAGAUGAUCCUGAUUUGCGGAGGUGCACCUACAGUCUCUUUGCUGCCCUGUCAGUGGUGAUGGGUCCAAGCAUGGCACCUCACCUUGAGAAGAUGACCACCGUGAUGCUACUGUCCAUCAAAUCGACAGAAGGGGUUACGGCACACUAUGACAAUGACAGCAAAACCUUCCUGCUUCUGGAUGACGACCUGGACGAAGAAGAGACGAUUACAGAAGAGGAGGAGGAUGACGAUGAUGCCGACAUCACAGGUUUCAGUGUGGAGAAUGCUUAUCUCGAUGAGAAGGAGGAUGCCUGUGACGCUUUGGGAGAGAUUGCUGUCAAUACCGGGGCUGCCUUCAUGCCAUUUAUGGAAACGUGUUUUCAAGAAAUCUUCCGCAUUAAUGAUUAUCCUCACGUCAAUGUCAGGAAGUCUGCCUAUGAAGCAGUUGGCCAGUUCUGCUGUGCCCUUUACAAAGUUGCUCAGGAAAACCCAACAGACCAAAACUUGGAAGGUUUCCAGAAGUUGCUAGCCAUGGUGUUUCCAAACUAUUUGAAAACCAUUCACGAGGAGAAGGAUCGCCUUGUGGUCAUGACGAUCCUGGAGUCCAUGAACAAUGUGCUGAAACACUGCAAAGGGGACACACUGAAGGAGCCAGGGCGUCUGGAUGAGAUCUGCAAAGCCAUUCGGAACGUGCUGCAGAAAAAGACAGCUUGCCAAGAUCCAGAAAACGAGGAAACCGAAUCGGACGAAGAACAAGAGGCCGAGUACGACUCCAUGCUCCUGGAGUAUGCAGGGGAGGGCAUUCCCCUUCUCGCUGCCGCUGUGGGAGGACAGAUCUUUGCCCCGUACUUUGCCGGCUUCCUCCCCCUGUUGCUGUGCAAAACGAAACCUAGCUGCACAGUGGCUGAGAAAUCGUUUGCCAUCGGGUCGAUUGCUGAAACGGUACAGGCGAUGGGGCCAGCGACAGUACAGUUUGUACCCCGGCUGCUGCCAAUGUUGCAGGCUGGUGCACGGGACACAGAUGAUGAGGUGCGCAGCAAUUCAGUCUUUGGCAUUGGCGUUCUCGCCGAGCAAGGGAAAGAAGCCAUCUUCGACCAGUACCCAUCCCUUCUGAACAUUCUGUCAUCUAUCAUAGCCCGAGAGCAAAAUCGGCGUGUGGUGGACAAUGUGUGUGGGGCUGUUUCCCGGAUGAUGAUGACAAAUCUCGCUGGAGUCCCCGUGGAACAGGUAUUUCCUGUCCUCGUGCGGUCACUCCCUUUGAAAGAGGAUCUAGAAGAAAAUGUAACAGUGAUGAACUGCAUCACUUUCUUGUACAAGAACAAUCCCAAUCAGGUCAUUCAACAUUUGCAACACUUGUUGGCUGUUUUUGGUGAAGUGAUUGGAACAGAUCAGCUUAAAGAAGAAAGCCAGAAUGCCUUGGUGAUGUUAUUAAAGGAUAUCCCACAGCGAUUCCCCCAGGAAUUUCAGACAGCCCUGAUGGCCAUCCCUCAGGAAGCUGCCAAGAAGAUCUCAGCAGUCGCGUCCUCCUGAGUUCCCUCUGUUGUGAUUGGCUUCAGGAACGAGCUAGCCCACUUUAUUUCUCUGCAAUCAGUCAGACACAUUACUAUGCCAGCAGAAAACCCCAAUGUCUUGGUCAGUGAUAGAGAGUUUGGAGUUCCCUGAUCACCUCUCCACAUGGAACGUAUGACGCAAAAUGGUUAGUGCUCCUUCCGAGGAGUUUUUGAACAGACGUUUGGCAGUUCUGAGGAGCAUGUUUCCACUGUUUCUUGGUUAUUGUUUAUUUCACCCCUGGUGCUAACGAGGGGCAAAUUCUUGUGUUUUCCUGCCAAGGAAGGGAGUGGGGGGAGAAGUGUUUCAAGACUGAUUUUGUGGAAUGAAUUUUUUUUGUGGUUGUGAAAAUAUUCUUUGGUUGAAUUAAUAAAAGCCCACAAAAGAA